AGCCUUCUCGCUUCUGAUUGGCGCAGGUGUUAGCAGCUGGUAUAGACCUGGUAGCCAUGUUUGUAGAUGUGUCAAUUGUCAUAGUGGGUUAAGGAAUGAGUUUGUGGUUCUCUUUGGAUUUGCCGGCAUUGGUGGACAUUGUGUAGGUUAUAAACAUAUGAAUGUGUGCCAUGGGUUCUGGCAGCAGAUGUAUAAUAAAGAAAGAAACAGCCCAGGCAGCCUUUGUGGAACAUCUGUCUGCUUUCUGAAGAAAUGCUGGAAAGAUGGAAGAAACCUGAAAGCACUUAUUAAAGUAUUUCUUACCAAGCUGGAAUGUCACUUGAAGUUUGGGGGUAGAAAUGUAGUGGAUGGUUAAGAAUUCUGCAAGCUUGGUAAUCUUGGAACAGCAAGGUCAUUUCUGGGAAGAAUGGCAACGAUUGUACAAGAAGCACAAGGUUUGCUGCAGACUGCUAGCUUACCUGAAACCAGCCCUGACUUGUCUAGCAAGGUGCACUGUAGAAGCAACAUUGAGAAGGAUGAUGAAGAUCUCUCAGCACUACCGUCUGAAGGAGAUUGUGCACGUCUUGAAGCAAAGUCAGAUGAUGUAAAAGAAGACUCCAAACCAUCCUUAGACUCUUGUAAAGAAGUACUUAGUGCUGAAGAAUUAGUGCCUGAUGAUAUUUCUGAAAAGAUCAGAGAUCAUGAUGUGGAUCAGAGGUGUGAUGGAGAAUCUUUUACACCCGUUCAUUCACAAACUGUUGCUACACCAGCAGUGUCAAACCAUUUGUCAAAAAGGGAUUCCAUUACAAAUGCAAGCAAAACAAUUUCAUCAGUUAAUAGUCAGAACUGUGCAGAUAUGGAAACAAAAUCACUGAGAACUAUAGAGGCAGAAAGUCCUUUUGAUACUGCAUAUACCAAGGCACUUAUUUCAGAAAUAUUGCAUGCCUCCUCACAAGAGGCUUUAUUAGAUGAAAUUGAAUCUGAGUUGUUGCCUUCACACUUUUCAAGUAACUUCAGUCUUCCAAAUGGAAUUAGGGUGGAUGAACAAGCUGUAGCAGUUUUGGAAAAAUGUGUUCAAGAUAAAUGUAUGCAAAAGGAACAGACCAUAAAAAAACUGAUUGAGGAGAAGAAGAAGCAUCAGGAACUUAUUCUAGAAAUAUGUUCUGAGAAAGACAGACUGAAAGAUGAAAUUAGAAAACAAGCUGAAGUAGAGAAGCAACACAUAAACACUGUAAAACAGCUGAAUAUUAAAAUUGAAGAGCUUAAUAAAGAAGUUCGAGCUUCAAAAGAAAGGUUAGUUUCCCAAGAUGCUGCCGCCAAGAAUGCUAUUCAGCAGCUGCAGAGGGAAAUGGCUUUCCGUAUGGACCAGGCAAAUAAAAAAUGUGAAGAGGCUCGUCAGGAGAAAGAAAGUAUGGUAAUGAAGUAUGUUCGUGGAGAGAAAGAGGCCCUGGAUCUUCGCAAAGAGAAAGAAGUGCUUGAUAAAAAACUCAGGGAAGCAAAUAAAGAAAUAGAAAAACAAGCCUGCAGGCUACAGCAAAUUAUUCAGGAAAAAGGACGAUUACAACAACUUUACGAAAUAAAGGAUACUGAGGCAAGUAAGCUGAACAAAGAAAUUGAAAAAAUGAAGGAGGAAAUCAGUUCCCACGUCAUCAAAGUAAAAUGGGCCCAAAACAAGUUGAAAACGGAAAUGGAUUCACAUAAGGAAUCCAAGGACAAACUGAAAGAAACUCUUGCUAAACUUACACAGGCAAAAGAGGAAUCGGAUCAAAUUAGAAAAAACUGCCAAGAAAUGAUAAAAGCCUAUCAAGAGUCAGAAGAAAUAAAAUCAAAUGAGUUAGAUGCCAAAUUGCGCCAAACAAAAGGAGAACUAGAAAAACAACGACAGGAAGAAAAAUCACAGCUGGAGAUUCACCAGGCUAAACUAAAAGAGCUAGAAGAUCUAAAGAGGACUUUUAAAGAAGGUAUGGAUGAGCUGAAGACUUUAAGAACAAAGGUAAAGUGUCUAGAAGAAGAACGUUUGAGAACAGAGGAUGAGUUAUCGAACUACAAAGAAAUUAUUAACCGCCAGAAAGCAGAAAUUCAGAAUUUGUUGGAUCGUGUAAAGGUUAUAGAUUUUUUACAGGAACAACAGGAAAGAUAUGAACGAGAAGUAAACUCGCUGAAGGAAGAGGUGGAUAGCGGAAAUUCUUUGAUUAGUGAUCUGCAGAAGGACAUUGAAGGCAGUCGGAAACGUGAAUCUGAGCUAUUGGGAUUUACAGAAAAAAUGACCAGCAAGAAUGCUCAGCUUCAAUCAGAGACCAAUACACUGCAGAACCAAGUUGACGAACUUAAAUUCAGGAGCAGAGAGUUGGAACACCAGCUUUUAGAACUGGAACAGACCAGUUCUGGACUGAGAAGCAGGCUACAAGAAGUGGAACAGCUGUGGCACGAGGAAGUCAAGGCCCUACAGACUGAGCUUGCAUUGAAACGGAAAGAAGUAGAAGAACAGAACACCCGUAUAAUAGAACUUAAAGAUGACCUUGUCACACAAAAACGAAAGCAUGCAGCAAAUCUCAAAGAUUUGACCAAACAGCUUCAACAUGCACGAAAAAAAUUAGAACAGAUGGAAAAUGGCAACUAUGACAAAGAGGCAAGCAGCAUGGGCAGUCGUUCCAGCUCGUCAGGGUCUCUCAAUGCAAGGAGUAGCAAUGAUGAUCGGUCUCCUGAGAACACGGGCUCGUCUCUUGUUGCAGACAACUUCCCAGAAGUAGACAAGGCUGUUCUGAUCGAAAGAAUAGUGCGACUCCAAAAAGCACAGGCGCGCAAAAACGAAAAGAUAGAAUUUUUGGAAGAUCAUAUUAAGCAGCUUGUGGAUGAAAUCAGAAGAAAAACAAAAAUCAUACAGAGUUACAUUUUACGAGAGGAAUCUGGCACUCUUACAUCAGAAGCCUCUGAUUUUACCAAGGCUCAUUUGAGCAGACGCAGAGGAAUCAUGGCAUCCCUUUAUACAUCACAUCCAGCAGACAGUGGACUUUCUUUAGAGUUAUCUUUAGAGAUAAACAGAAAAUUGCAGGCUGUCUUAGAAGAUACGCUGCUUAAGAAUAUAACACUGAAGGACAGCCUACAGACAUUAGGAGCAGAAAUAGAGCGAUUAAUGACACAACAAAAGGCACAGCAGCGGCAGCUAAAACAAACUUAGCACUAAUUAAAGCAUACUGGAACAGUUUUGUGUACCAUGUAGCAUGCAAAGGGUGCUACAAAUUAGACAUUUUUAAGGUUUUACCACAAGUUCUGGAACACUCCUAAAUGUUGAUGAUCUGUGCUCUGUAUGGAAUUGAAUGGAAUGUACGAAGAUUUUAAACGUGUACUCUGCACUCUGGAAUGAAGCUGUGACUCCAAAGUUAGACUGCAUCCGCCAGCUAUAUCUUCUGAAUGUAACAAAGUCUUCAUUUUGCUGCAUUGUUUUUGUUUUUAUGUACAUGUCUAUUAAACUUAGUAGUGUUGUUUAGUUCACUCUAAGGGGAUUUAGGACAUACUGAUUGUUUGUUGCUCUUAAGGCAUUUUGCCUUGUCUUUGCACUUACCAGACUCUGGCAUGUAACUUGAGCAGUUAAGCAUCUGACAAAUUCAACAACUUAGCAUGAAGCUUCUCAUCUAGUACUUAAUGGCCCGAGUGGUUAUGCUGUUUUAGCCUGUCACUGGAAAUUGAUGCUUUGUUAUGCAUUGUAGAGCAGUGUUUAUUAGGUCUCAGACACAAGUGGGGCAUCACAGGAACAAGCAAAAGUAAAAAGCUGUUAGCUCCUAAUGAGUACACCUUGAAUCGCAGGUUUGUAUAUUCCACUUGCAUUUUAUUGCUAAAGGUUUGGUACUCCAGCAAACUUAGAGUGAAGGAAAUCUUUAGCUGAUAUUGCACUCUGUGUGGCUGGGGUAGGUGAGUUUUGCCGUUUCACACUGCAGACCACUGAAUUCUGUUCCAGUGUAUGAAUUUAACAAGGUAUACAUGUCCAGGCAACACACAGGAACUAAAAUCACUUGGAUAUUUUCUGUAUCUUUGAGUUGUUUCAUUAGAUUCCUGCUGCUUAAUACUUAGUUUUUUUUUCUUUUAUGGAGGAUUAUAUGAAGGUUAUACUUUAGAUUGUGCUCCUGGAAAGUAAGAACAUUAAUGCUUUUUUUUACAAGAUAAGUUUCCUCUGAUUUGCCUAAUGGCACUGUUAACUAAACUGGAAAUGAAGACGCUUCUGUAAACCCACAUGGAAGUUUUACAGCAAGUAAUAUACUCCCAGCCUUGCUUAGGCAUUUCAAAUUGAAUAAUCACAGAUUUUGACAUUUUUAUAGAACUAUAUUUUUUACACUACAUUGCUUUCCUGAUUCAAAGGUGGGAUUUGUAAAUAUUAGCUUAUUUCAGCACCCUCUGCACCCCAUAAUGUGGGAAGCAAGCCCUCCCAUCCUCUUGAACGUAUAUAUACCAACUCUGAGAUCGCCAUCUUGUACUUAGUGUAUGUAAGUUUAUUUUUUCAGCCAUUCAGUCUCCGUGUUUCAGCGGGUCCCAACAUUUUAAGAGGUUAACAGAUAAUUGACU